GUGAAUGAAUUGAAGGGAACUUAUAACAUGGGUUUUCAAAAGCUCAUCUUCAUCGUAUUAUUCAUGCUUCUCUUCUCCUUUUCUCUUGCAUCAUUUGCUCUAUUAAGCAACAAGAACUUGGUUUCAGAAAAUAGUCAAAAUACACAUGAAAACGAUUCUGUAGUUGGUGAUGAUAGUAGUGGAAUGAACAAAAGCAAGUAUACAACUGCUCUCACCGGAGGUAACGGCGGUGGACGGUCAGGUGGCGAUGGCGAGCAGUCCAACUCCUCCCCACAAGGUGGCAACGGGGUGAUCCCUGUAUAUGCCGCCGGUGCAGCCGCCGCUCAACGGAGAAACCACAAAGGUGAUGCUGCAACUUGUAGCCCAUGCUGGAAAGGAGGGUUUGCAAUCUUCAUAGUUAUAGUAUUAUCAUCUCUUUUACUCCAAAUCCCUAUGUAGAACACAAUAAUUUUAUGUCAGUGUUUUUAAAGUAUAUCAGUACCCGUAUC